AGAAAAACACACAACAAUUUAUUCAAUAGAACAACAAUUAAACAAAUAGCAGACAUUUUUUUAACAAAAUGAGUGCCCCCGCUGCUCCAACGGGGAUUCAGAGCACCGCUGGUGCCGUGCCUGUGCGCAAUGAGAAGGGUGAGAUCUCGAUGCAGAAGGUGAAGGUGCAACGAUAUAUAUCUGGUAAACGGCCGGAAUACGCACGCGGAGAUUCCAGCUCGGAUGAGAGCGACGAGGAUGACUUCAUUGACAAUCGCAAGCGCAUGGAGCGCCACAAGGCUGAGCACUACAAAGUGGAGCUGGCCGCACGUCACGGCAGUGACGACGACAAGGAUGAUGAGGAGGGAGAUGAUGCCGAAGUUGAUGAUCCCCGCUUGAGGCGUUUGCGUGCACGACCCGUUGACAUGGAGGACUUGGAGCGGGAGCGCAGGGAACGCCAUCGUCACAUUCAUGAACCCGAAAUGGUCCAGACGGACAGUGAGGAAGAGGAGGAAGAUGACGCUGAUGCAGGCCAGAUACAGAAGCAUAUUGAGAGGGGCACGAACAAGAUAACACUAGCCUCCGAAUCCGAUACUGAUGCGGAUGUCAGCGACAAUGAAUUGGAAAGGCGACGCACCAAAUUGAGGGCAAAAAUGUUGCAGCAACAGAAAGAGGAAGAAAUUCUACAAAAAGAAGAUGAAAAACAAUCAGAAUCUUCGGAUUCCGAAAGUUCCGAGUAUGAAGAGGAAACCGAGAGUGAAGAGGACAAUGAACCUCGUCUUAAACCACUAUUUGUGAGAAAGCGGGAUCGUGCCACGAUUCAGGAGAAGGAACGUGAAGCCCAGAAACAGAAACAACUCGAGGCUGAGGCCAAGCGAGCUGCCAAGGAGCGAAGAAGAGCCACCCUUCGCAUGGUCGAAGAGAGUGUUAAAAAAGAUCUCGAGAAAACGAAACCAGAGACGAAUGAGGCUUCCAUCGAAGAUGUCUGUACCGACGAUGAGAACGACGAGGUGGAGUACGAGGCAUGGAAAUUGCGCGAACUGAAACGUAUGAAGCGGGAUCGAGAGGAGCGUGAUAACAAUGAACGCGAGAAAUUGGAAAUCGAUCGUAUGCGCAAUCUGACCGAGGAGGAACGUCGUCUGGAGCUACGUCAGAAUCCCAAAAUGGUUACCAAUAAGGCAGCCAAGGGCAAAUAUAAAUUCCUACAAAAAUACUAUCAUCGUGGUGCCUUCUAUCUGGACGAAGAGAACGAUGUCCUUAAACGAGACUUCGCCCAGGCCACGCUAGAGGAUCACUUCGACAAGACCAUUCUGCCCAAGGUUAUGCAGGUUAAAAACUUCGGACGCUGCGGUCGUACCAAAUAUACCCAUCUAGUCGAUCAGGAUACCACCAAAUUUGAUUCACCCUGGUACGCAGAGACCUCCAAUAAUAUGAAGUUCCAUAACGAACGAGCAGGAGGCAUGCGUCAACAAUUUGAUAAACCAACAGCAUCCAAACGAAAAAAGAUGGAAUAGCCAUAACUAGUGAGAGUGACAAAUGAAUCGUAAAUAUAUUAAACAAUUUAACAAAAUAAAUUUCACAAGUAAA